GCCGGCGCCUGGGCAUCGCACCGCAGCUCUUGCUGCAGGCGCUCGCGCAGCUGACAGAGGAGAUGGCCAAGGUUGCGAAAAUCGCCGGCGACCACGGCAUCAGCAACCUCAUGCUGGAGGAUGUAGAGCAGAUCCGUCGCGAGCUGCAUGACAAGGUCCAGGCAGUUCGAGGUGGUGUGAAGGUCAUUUGCCGCAUCCGGCCCUUCGUCGAAGAUGAUGACGUGGAGCCUGGUACCUUCCCGGCCGUGGAGCAGGUGGAUCAAGACACCCUGAAGUUGAUCACGGAGAAGCUGUCCAACGAGCCUGAUGGAGGAGCGCCGGAGGUGGAUGCACUGGACUUCGGGCUGGCAGGAAGCGGCAGCGUUCCUUCCAACUCCUCUAGGAGAUCAAACUCGAAGUCCAAGGUGGCACAGGCCGCAAACAUGUUCCGCUUCAACGGCCGUGUGCUUGGCCCAAAAGUCGGCCAGGAGGAGGUCUUUGGAGAGGUGCAAGGUCUUGUGCAGUCGGCGAUCGAUGGCUACAACGUCCUCAUCGCCGCUGCAGGGACCUGCGGUUCUGGCAAGAGCCACACCAUCUUCGGCCCGCCCUUUGAGAAGCCGGGCCCUGGAAUGCCCAGGGAGCGGGAUUGGUCCGGCCUGACCGUUCGUGUCGCCAACGAGCUCUUCGCGAUCCAGGAGCGGGAUGACUGGCGUGCAAUGCUGGAGGUGGAUCUACAGGUUGUGGAGGUGCGCAACCAGCGCACGGUGGACCUGUUAGGGAAAGCAUCUCGACCUGAAUUGAAUGAAAGUCGUGCUGGUCACCUUGCCUUCGCGGGUGCAAUGCUCCUUUCGAACACAGGUGACAAUCCCUUCAUCGAAGGUGCCUGCACUCGCCGAGUCAAAGACAGUCGCGACUUCCUCCGCAGCCUGAACUCUGCCUUCACCGCAUCAGAGGGCCCCUACUCGGCGCCGAAGACCCCCCGCACUCCGGCCUCAACGGCUAGCGAAGCCUUCGAGUCGCAUGUUUUGGUCAUGCUGCACCUCACCAGAACGAAUCGUGCGACGGGCGGCUCCGUUCGGAGCAAGAUUGUGCUGGCCGAUCUGGCCCCCCUCUCAAGCCCUGCAGCUGCUUCCGGCGCUACCUCCAGGGAGGUGUCGUCGGCCUACAGCGCCCUCGAGGCAGUGAUCAAAGCCAGUCGACGUGAUGGGCAGACCUCGGCUACUUCGGCAUCAAGAAGGAAGCACGUGCUGGGCCAGAUGCUCCGGGAUUGCCUCAGCGGCAAUGCCCGACCUGUUUUCUUGGUGACACUGUCUCCGCAUCCGGAGGAGAAGGUUCACACGAGCCAUUCCAUCACCUUUGCCACAGCCCUCGGGGGCCGAUCCUUGAAAUGA